AUGGGAAGUGGCUGGACCAGUGCUGCAGGAGCGAGCCCGACGCGUUCUUCGCCGGGCCAUCCUCCGAGAAUAUCGCCUCCUGCUUCGCGUCGUGUUUCGCGCUUGGGCCAGAGCGCGAACGUUCUGGACGGAGGUUCGCCGCCUUUGCUGCGGCAGCCGGUGAAGGAUGAUGACACCACGGAGGCUACGGUCGAGCAGGUGGAUGGCUCCCAGAGCGACCGGGGUUGGUCGAAACUGGGCGUCAACACCAUCUUGGCCGUUCGAGCCCUGGGGGACACAGGGUCCUUUAGAGGGUUCCUCUAA